UGCUUCCCUUGACUAGUUGUACCUGGAUCUUAGACCAAGUCCCAGGCCAAACAAAGGGCAAUGAUGUCUCUUUCAGUUGCCUUGCUCCUGAUGCUGACUUUCUUAUUCUUCUGGAAGCUAGCAAAAUGGAAGCUGGUGCCUAGGCUCAACUACCCCAGAAGCCUGCCCUCCCUGCCAAUCAUAGGGAGUUUGUUGCAGCUUGCUGGACAGCCCCAGGUCCAUCUAUUAUUCCACAGGCUGCAGCAGAAGUAUGGCAACCUCUAUAGCCUCUACAUGGGCUCCCAUUAUGUGGUGGUGGUCAACAACUAUCUCCAUGCCAAGGAAGUGCUGCUUAAGAAAGGGAAGAUAUUUGCUGGCAGACCACGAAUGGUAACCACGGAUUUGCUGACACGAAAUGGAAAAGACAUCGCCUUUGCCACUUACAGUCCUCUCUGGAAAUUUCAGCGCAAGCUGGUGCACUCUGCACUUUCCAUGUUUGGGAAGGGCUCUCUGGCCCUGGAGAAAAUCAUCUGUCAAGAAGCAGCUUCCUUAUGUGGAAUUCUGAAUGUUACACAGGAAUCUUCCCUGGACAUAGCAUCUGAACUGACACGUGCUGUUACGAAUGUGGUGUGCAACCUUUGCUUUAAAUCAUCCUACCAUCGUGGAGAUGCUGAGUUUGAGGCCAUGCUCCAAUACAGCCAAGGCAUUGUAGACACUGUGGCCAAGGAGGGUCUAGUGGAUAUCUUCCCAUGGCUUCAGUCAUUUCCCAAUAAAGAUUUGGCCUUGCUGAAACAGUGUGUGGCAAUGAGAGAUCAGCUCCUGUAUCAACAGUUUGCAAAACACAAGGAAGCCUUCAAUGGUGAUUCAGCAAAUGACCUAAUGGAUGUACUCCUGAAAGCCAAACUGAACAUGGAGAACAACAACAGCCACUUAUUGCAGGGGCAGGGGCUGACAGAGGACCACUUGCUUAUGACAGUGGCUGACAUCUUUGGAGCUGGUGUAGAGACCACCACAACUGUAUUGAAGUGGAUUGUGCUCUAUCUAUUACUCUACCCAGAGGUGCAGCAGAAGAUCCAAGAUGAACUAGAUCAGAAAGUUGGCUAUAACAGAAAUCCCCAGCUCAGUGACCGGCUGCACAUGACAUACUUGGAGGCUACCAUUAGUGAGGUUCUGCGUAUCCGGCCUGUAUCUCCACUCCUUAUCCCACAUGAGGCAUUAGAGGAUACUAGCAUUGGGGAAUAUGACAUCCCAAAGGGAGCUCGGAUUGUGAUCAACCUCUGGUCCAUUCAUCAUGAUGAGAAAGAGUGGGACAAGCCAGGGGAAUUUAAUCCAGGUCGCUUCUUGGAUGAGAGUGGGAACCACAUCUACUCUCCUUCACCCAGCUACCUCCCCUUUGGAGCGGGAGUCCGGGUUUGCAUGGGAGAAGUCCUAGCCAAGAUGGAGCUGUUCCUUUUUAUGGCUUGGAUCUUGCAGAGAUUCACCCUCAGCAUCCCUGAAGGCCACACAUUGCCAGAACCAGAGGGCAAAUUUGGUGUUGUGCUCCAAGUUCCAAAUUUCAAAGUAAAGGCCACACUGAGGAAGGCUUGGGAGGGGCUGGAAGUAGAUCAGUGACAUUACUAGGAAGUAGAUCACUUCACUUAAACAGAGAGACAGAUGGGAAUCUCUGUUCAGUUGGUUUACUGGAAAGGUUUGUACAUACAAGACUGUCAAGAAUGUGAAAGCUGAUUGCCUAGGAUGGAGGCAAUGGGAGCAGGAACUACCAUCAAGGUAGAAGGGGAACCAACAUUCUUAGUAAUCUUUCUUCUUUCAGUAGCUGCAGCCCAUCUCCUCCCUACCAAUCUCUGUGAGCAAUAGCCUGGGUUAUAGGACUUUGUAUGCUAUAGUAAUGACAACUCUGAGGUGUCAUCGGUAAAGACAGAAUCCGGGACAUCUGGUUCUUAACACAGGACACUCAGAUAUUUGAGCUAAAAGAUAUGAUUGAAAUUCUUCAGGAAAAAAAGCAGACUUUUAAACUUCUUAGUGACCCAACACAGCCACUAGGAGAAGAGAGAACAUCACAAUCUUUGUUUUCUCUUUGAAAACUCUAAUUUUUGGUGGUUGCACCCCAUUUAUGGAAUAGCAUCCUGAGCGAGUUUUCCCAGCUCUGUCACUUUGUUCUUUUAGAUGCCAGGUAAAAACCUUUUUCAUCACACAGGCCUUUUAUAUUUUGAUUUUCAGAUUCAAUCUGAUUUUUAAAUUUUAAUAUGAGUUUUUAAGCUGUUUUGUACUGUAUUUUGUAUUCUCUUUUCUUCUUUUUUGUCUGUUAUGAUUUAAUGUGUUAUAAGUGUUUAUUGUAUGUUUUAAUCCUCUGUUGUGAGUCACCUAAAGAACAAUUCAUUAUGGACUGGCUAACAAAUAAAAUUUAUUAUUAAUUAA